AUGAGUGCUCAGAUAUUAAAUGAAGGAGAAGGGACGCGAGGUAGAGUGACUGGUGUCGAUGCAAGAGGCCAAGCAUCCUUUGUCGAGGCAAAGGGGCUAGUUAGCACCGAAGAGGAAGGGAUCCAACAUGGCAGGGUGACCCAAGAUGGUGAGGAAGCCCAACUACAUGCCGAAAGCCAGGCGAUCCAAGUGGGUGCCGCUGGUGGCGAAGCGCCAUGGACGCUAGGGAACCCUGCUUGUCACGGUGGAGGAGCGUUGGGUGAUGGGCACUGGUGGUGGAGCCCGCAGGUGGUGGCGUUAGAGCCAAGCAAUGUCCAUGGUGGGUGUUACUCACGGAACCUUAGAGCUUGGGCACAGGGCUAUGGUGGGUGA